AUGAUGAGGGCUAUGACGAGUCUGUCGGUAUAUUUGCUAGUACUAUCUGUACUAUCCGUCAACUGUGAACCAAUACCGAUCUCAUCCGGAACGACUAUACCCAUCGUACGACGGUCGCGCGAUAGGACUGGCGCCAACUCGGAGGAUUGGGCCCAACGUAACCGAAACCAUGUAAUUAGCAAAUAUGCGGGUGGAAACGAUAGGGUUAGAAGGGGGAGUGGUAUGAAUUUACUAACAAACCAAGCAGUGGACGGAGACUAUUUUGGCACUAUCGCUGUAGGGACGCCUCCGAUAGCUUACAAUGUUAUCCUCGACACAGGCUCUUCAGACCUUUGGAUAGCAUCGUCCUCGUGCACAAUAGGCUGUACUGACCCUGAAGGAGGCGUCAUACCCACGUUUAAUUCACAUCUCUCGAGCACCUUCAAAAACACAGGCAACUCAUUCAACGUCCACUAUGGUAGCGGAGCGGCUUCAGGUGUCACAGUUCAGGACGUGGUUCAAAUGGCAGGUUUUCAGGUCAAGAACCAGGCAUUCGGUCUGUGCGACCAAGUACAGGGGAUCCUAUCACCCCCGCUUUCCGGUCUAAUGGGGCUAGCAUGGUCCGGCCUUGCCAGCCAGUUAACCACACCUUUCUGGCAGACCUUGGCUUCUGCCAACGCGUGGUCGGAGCCCGUGAUGUCCUUUCAGUUGACCCGAUUCAACAACGCUACUAAUGUCGAGAGCCUCGAGCCCGGGGGACAGUUCACGAUGGGAUUUUUAAAUCAAUCCCUAUAUACCGGCAUGAUUGACUACCAGAACGUACCCUCCGAUAGAUUACUGUAUUGGACCAUACCCAUGACUAGUUUGACUGUGCAAGGGAAAAUGAUUUCACCAUCACCCGGAGAGCAGUACGCUGCGAUCGAUACUGGAACGACCUUGAUUGGUGGUCCACCGGACGCGGUAUCACAGAUAUAUGCCAAUAUCCCCGGUUCAGAGCCUGGGACGGGAGGAUACACGGGAUACUAUCUCUAUCCAUGCUCUACGAAAGUCAACGUCACGAUAUCCUUCGGUGGCCCCGCCUGGCCAAUCUCAAGUGCCGACUUCCAACACGCAGCUCUGCAAGAUGGCAGUGGGAAAUGCAUUGGGGCAUUCUUCCAAAUCCCGACAGGCACGGGGGUACCUUCAUGGAUUAUCGGCGACUCGUUUUUGAAAAACGUGUAUUCGGUAUUUCGAUUCUCGCCACCCUCCGUCGGGUUCGCGGCACUUUCGUCUGUGGCCACGGGUAUGAACGGCGUCCAGGCGCCGAUACCAACCGCGACCAUCGGGGAACCUGGAACUGCGGUCACUGCAACAGGCAUCUCACUCCGGAACGACGCAUCAGGGCCAUCCAUAGGCGUAUGGUCGCUGUUGCCAUUCGGGAGUGGCAUCGAGACCAACUAG